AUGCGGAGGUGCGCGCACACCGCGUUGUUCACGAAGAUGGUCGCCUCGACGACGGAGAUGUCUUCUUCUCAAAAGAUGACGACGAUAAUUCGGCAGUCUUUUUCUUCUUUUGGCGGCAAGCUGGUGGAAGAAGAACAAUCAUCUUCUUUGCCUGACUUUCGCGACGGAAAGACGAGGAGUUGGAGCGCUGCGAGUAAUAACAGCAGCAGUAGUCGACGAAGAUACCAUCACCAAAGCCAACGCUGCUACUCUGGAAGAGGUGGAGUAUUAUUGAACGACACACACGACGUAUCGAGAGGAAGAAGAGAAAAAAAUUCUUUUGGAAGUAGAAGAGGAGGAGGAAGAACCUUCGUUUCGUCCUCUACGUCUCUGUUCGCGAAGACGUAUUACGAUACUCUAGAUGUUCCAAAAAGCGCCUCUCAAGGCGAGAUUAAGAAGGCGUAUUAUAAAUUAGCGAAGAAAUACCACCCAGACUCUUCCGGAAAAGCGAAAGAUGAUGCCACGGAGAAGAAGUUUCAAGAAGUGCAGAAGGCGUACGAGUGUUUGAAAGACCAAAACCAGCGACAGACGUACGACGCGGUGGGGCACGACACGUACGAACAAAUGCAAAAUGGAGGAGGUGGUGGUGGUGGAGGAGGAGGGGGACAAAGUGCAUACGGUCAAGGCGGUGGUUUCCAAGGAUUUCAAGGUUUUGGAGGACCUGGGGGAGGAUUUAGAGUGCAUUACGAGGGUGAUAUGGGCGACGGAGAUCCUUUCGAGUCUCUCUUUGGGCAGAUGUUUGGCGGCGGGCAAGGACAGUCUCCGUUUGGGCGUCAAUCGUUCGAUGUGCAAGGUCAAACGACGAUUACUCUAAAAGAAGUCUAUUUUGGAGCGAAAAAGACUUUGAGAGUGCCAGAUACUAUCGUUCAAGAUAAGGAUGGAAAGAGGAAAACAGUGAAAGGCAGGGACGUUGUGGUUGAUAUCCCACCCGGGAUUGAAGACGGACAGAGAUUGAGAUUGCACGGACAAGGUAUCGAUCCGGAAGUGCAAGGACGACAACCAGGAAGUUUAUACGUUACCGUUCGAGUAUUAGAGGAUCCGAAGUUUGAUCGAGUAGGUGCUGAUAUCGUCACUUCGGUUUCGUUAAAUCUCACGGAGGCUAUUUUUGGUGGCGAAGUGAAAACUACAACCCCAGGCGAGGAUAUUUUGAGAGUGAAAGUAAAGCCCGGAACUCAACACAACGAUCGCGUCCGGUUGAGAGGGAGAGGUUUACCUACAGUACUCGAUGGUUUAGGCAUGUAUAAGGGAGACAUGUACGUCAGGUUUAAAGUCAAAGUGCCGAAAACGGUCGAUAUGAAUGAAGAACAAGAACAGUUGUUGAGACGAUACGCUGAGAUUGAAGCGGAAAAGAACGCUAGCAAGGAUACAACAAGUACUUCGUCUUCGUCAUCAUCGAAAAAUAGUAAUAGCGCGGAUACUUCGGACACCGCAAACAAUAGUAAUAGCAGUAGCAGUAGCAAAUUUACUGCGAGAGGAUCGACGAGUGAAACAGGAGAGGAGGAGGAGGGGGAGGAGGAGCAGCAACGGCAGCAGCAGCAACACAAAGACAAAGAAACGACAGCUUAA